GGGAAGGAUUGGGGAUCAAGCUGGUUAGAAGACGAAAACACAACAACAGGCCGCUUGUUGCAUUUUCAGAAUUAAGAAAGAAUCAUAGUUAGGCCUAUUGGUGACAACAAUAAACAACAACAUCAUGGUGCUUCCCUCCAACACCUGCAGACUUUGCGCUGAGCUGGUCAAUUAUUCUAUUCCCAUUUUUGAAGAAGCAGGGAGGAAAAAUAACUUGCCACACAAGCUGAGAAUAUGCUCACCUGUCACAGUUCGAGAGACUGACACCCUGCCCACGAAGGUUUGUUUAGAUUGCCUAAGCAAUUUAGACCAAGUUUACGAGUUUUACCAAAAGUCCAAGAAUGCUCAGCUCACAUUGGCCGCUAUGAUUAAACUUGAAACUUCUGGAAAAAGAGGUUUUCCAGACUCGAAUGAUGCCCCAGAAGCCAAAAGAAAACGAGUAGGGACAACUUUUUUCACAUUUUCAAAUGUAGAAAAUGUGGCGAAAGAAGAUAGUCAAAUUUCAGAGGGUAGUAAAAGUUCUGACGAUAGUAAAAGUACUGAGGGUCGUAAAAGUACUGACUGUAGUAAAAGUACUGACGGUAGUAAAAGUACUGAUGGUGGUAAAAGUACUGACGUUAGUAAAAGUACUGACGUUAGUAAAAGUACUGACGGUUGUAAAAGUACUGACGGCAGUAAAAGCACUGACAGUAGUAAAAGUUUUGAUGGGAGUGCAAGUUCUGGCGGAAGCAAAAGUUCCAAUUGUUCCAAAAGUUCUGAUGGUAGUAAACUUUCAAAUAGUUGUAAAAUUUCUGAUGCUGGUAAAAGUUCUGAUGCUGAUAAAACUUCUGAUGACGGCAAGAGUUCUGAUCCUGGAAAAAUUUCUGAUUGUGGCAAAAGUUCUGACGGUGGUAAGAUUUCUGAUGCUGGUAAAAGUUCUAACCCUAGUAAAAUUUCUGAUACUGGUAAAAGUUCUGAUGCUGGCAAAAGUGCUAUUGCUGGUAAAAGUUUUGAUGCUUCAUCAGACAAACAGGGUUCUAGUUGUACCAAUAGCAAGCAACCACUGAAGAGAGAGCCUCCCUCCCCACUUACAGCUCAAGAUAGUGACAGCCAGACCAACAUCAAAAAAAGUAAAACUAUUCCAGUAGCUGACAAAUUAUUGACUCAAGAGACAACAUCAGUAAAAGUCCAACGCAGCUCCACAGAAAGCCCUUUAAAGGAAUGCCGUUAUUGCAAACAAGAAUUUCACGAAGACAAGCUUCAUCAACAUGAGAUACUGCACUCUGGCAGAGCAGUUUAUGAAUGUUUUGCAUGUGAGAAGGCUUUCACCCAUAAAGAAGCUUUUGACCGGCAUUGUGCAAGGCAUAACCGACAGGAAAGUUUACCCACUAAUGGAAACUCUGCCACCUCUGCCAACGGCACAAGUACAUAACUACCUUAUAAGACUCCUGACAUAAUUUCUACUUAAUAUGUUGAUGGUUUUGCUUCUUAUUUAGUAAAUUAGGCGAGUGAUUUGAAAUCUUUUAAGCAGCAGCCCUCAAUUAUGGCCUGCACACAACUUCUUUUUAAAUACUAUGUGUCUUCAGUUUAUCCCUUAACAACAUUGCAUUUUCAAUUUUCAAAUAAAAUUAUUUUAUGUACCCUAGUUAGGUACUCUUAAAUGAGGCAGUAGAGAGUAUGUAUGUAUUACAACAAUAAAAUGGUGUACAUGUUGGUAUACUUUUCACCUUUUCAUAA